AUGGCAAGCACGACUACGUUGGAUGCAAUCGAUAAUGAAACAGUGAUGGAAGCGAAUCGUGAAAGGGCUAUCUCUCUGCUAAUAAUAUUAGUGAAUCUGUGGCUAUGGACAAACAGACCAUCCCUUGCCCAAACGUGCAAACUGACGGAAGCAAAUUGUAUCUGCGACAAGCUGAACUUCUCCAGCGAUGGACUUCAGCAAUUGCGCACUGUCCCACGUACUACGCCACCGUUAUAUCAGAUCAGUGUGAAACAACUCAUUGCACCCUAUCCAGACGCAGUAAUGUUGCUGCUCUUGUCGGAGUUUGUUGAAGAAAUCGAAUACGAACGGUUCUACGAGCGGGCACUACGCAUCCCUCCCAAUGCCGACCUGACCGCGCUGAAAUUGAAGAAUGCUCCUACAGUUCAGGUGAUCUCGGUUGCGGCUCCAAACCAUCAUCUAGCCGUACUACAGAUUGGGCGUUCGGGCAUGCGAAGCCUGACGGCCGAGUUUCGCAAACUACACCGGCUACAGUUUCUUCACCUGGACGAUGGUUCGCUGGAGACGCUGAGUCUGGAUCCGCUAGCAAACAGUCCCCAAAUAACGGUCCUAGCGUGUACUUCCAACAAGAUCAGACAGCUGAUAGCUAGUCGCAAUGCGAGUCUCUACAUACCGUUGGAUGAUCUGCUGUUGGGCUACAACCAGCUCGAGACGAUCGACGGAGACUUCUUUCUGCCACUGCGCAAACUCAAGUUCGUUACCUUCGAAGGCAAUCGUAUUCAGCGCAUCGAAGGUCGGCCCAUCUCGCUGCCGAUGGUGACGAUGAUAAGCUUCGUCCAGAACCAACUAACCCAGCUGGACGUAUCGGAAUGGCAAACGCCACUGCUGGUAGAGCUGUUUCUCGAAACGAACAAUCUCACCCGCAUUCCCACGGGGAUAGAGCGACUGCCCAGUCUCAUGACGUUGGUUGUGCAGAACAAUCUGCUAACGGCUGUCGAUCUGCGUCGCUUCGAAGCGUGGCCCAACCUGAUGAAGAUCGAUCUGGCGGGCAAUCGAAUACGCAACGUACUCGUAUCGGGCACGGGGCGCGUCUCAAUGCCCAAGCUACAGUUGAUGAGCCUGGCCAACAAUGAGCUCGCUCAGCUUGAGUUUGCUCGUUGGGACUUUCCAGCGCUCACCACGCUAACGCUGGUGGACAACCAGCUCCACCAACUGCCGGACCUGUUCCAACUCUUUCCCAAGCUGCAACGCGUGUUUGUGAUGCAGAAUCCGUUGCUGUGCAAAAAUGUGCGCCGCUGGCAGCAGUACAUUUUAAACUUUAAGAUCGGCAUCGAUUCAGUCGUUUUCGGAAUACCGUGUAGCACCAAUUCUACCUUCACGCUGCCAACGGGACGUGUGCUUUGCUGUGUAGGAUAA